CUGGGGGAGCAAUAACAAAACAUCAGAUUCUGUUUUGGAGUUGCACGCCAGCUGAUUGCACAAUAUUUCAUCCGGUGCAUAUUUAUCACUCGUGAUGGCCAGCAAAAGGGUUGAUUUUGAUUCACUCGUACCCGUGGACACGGAAUCCCCACCGGAAAGGGGAAUCGUUCUCUUCGGCAAGGACUUGAGUCAGAUCCCGUGUUUCCGGAAUAGCUUUCUAUACGGGAUCAGUAUAGGCAUCGGUGUUGGAUUCCUAGCGUUCUUGAAAACCUCUCGGCCGCAGCUGUCCUCGCACAUAGGAUUCGGCACGUUUUCCGGGACAACACUGUGCUACUGGUUUUCCUGUAGAUACAAGUGGUCCAAAGAUUUGAAAGGAGUUGAGGAGCUGCAGAAAUUAAUGCAACAACACGUCAUGUAUGAAGGCAGUGAUAAAGAACGUGAACUGGAGAGUAAAAUAAAAACUGCUUAAUUGUUAUGUUAUGAUGAUUUUAUAGAUUUAUUAAAAAGCCAUUGAGAAAAUAAAGAACAUACUGUAACAUGGACAACAUCAUA